GAGGAGACCUGCAUUUCCCAUUCGCUACCUUUUCCCUAGCGCAUUUCUCCGCCUUCGCAGCUCUCACUGCUCGGCGCGCUCCACUGAGACAUGGGGACGUGGAGACCAGUCUCCUGGACCUGCUUAGGUGGCUGGCUGUGGAUUCUACACGCCUGUGCAGAUCCUGGGCCCACCUCUGCUGUCCCAGCCUCUCCAGAGGAUGAGUUCACCCCUGGAGCUGCAUCUCCCACAGCGGCGGAGAGCAGUUUGCUCCGUGCCGGAGUCCUGGCAGCCACAGAGACAGCCCGAUCUCCUCCGUCCCCGUCCGCCAUGCCCGCCAACACCACGUUGCCUGGAGAACGCGCCAUUUCAAGCGGCCACGCCCGCGAAGCCAGCGCCUCUUUUCCGGCAGAGGGAGCAACAGCUAGUUUGGUGUCAGCCGUGAAUGGGGCCAAUGUCAAUUCUGUCCCGGAAACAGCGUCUUCCUCCCCCGAGCCAGGAGCCAGCGGCGGUGAAGCAGCCGAGAUCCCUACAGAAGAAGCAGAAAUGUCAGUCAGCGCCACCAACUCUUCGCAUGCCUCUCCGGAAACCAGGACAGUGGCCACAACUCCGGCAGGAGAAGUGGUCGCCGCGUUGGCCUUGUUCUACUUCAGCCCAACAGACCCUCACCCGACCCUCUUCUCCCCUUCUGAGCUGGAGGUAACGAGCUCCGUUCCUGGCACGUUCUCCGGUGUUACCACCUCCUCUCCUCUCUCCGCAGCUACUGAGGACUGGACAGCCACCCCCGGCACUGGAUGGGGGCCAGAGGACUUGGCAUCCACUGGCACUGCUGUGUCCAAUGGACCACCUCUUUCUCCAUCGGUGGGAGAGAUGGAGUCAAGUCUUGCGGCGUUCCUGUCUCCGGCUGCCUCUCCCGCUGAGGCCCCCGUCUCAGAGACCGAAAGCCCAGGGCAGGAUGGAUCGAGUGCUCCAGAAUCCCCAGAACCACCUCCAGAGAGCGAGACAGGACGAGGAACAUCGGCACUGGCAGGGGAAACAUCCCCACCUGCCUUUGUAGCUGCGGGGGGAGAGGCUGGGUCACUAGGACCCGCAGAGACUGAGGGAGAGGGGCUCUCCCCAAGUGCAUUUCCCAGCAUUACUGGUUCCCAUCAUCUGGCUUCAGAGAGCGAGACAGUUACUGCCCCUGCAGCUCCGGAAGGAAGAGGGGAUACGGGUAAGUCCGUGUCAGCCACAAAUGAGGAAACCCCAACAUCGGUGCUUGAUAUCCAGAGCCGAACAAAUCCCUCACCCUCCGACGCAGAGCAGAGUCCGGCUAACACAGAGGAGCUACCGACAGGAGAUCUGGGGGCUUUGUCCAAUGCCGAAACUUCCCCUCGUUCCUUUCUAGAGCCUGGGACGGGGACAGCCAGAUCUACGCUGUCAGGAGAAACGGCCCCGUCUGCCGUCCCGUCUCCCGGUGACAUCCCUGCCGAGCCGUCCGUUUCAGAGAGUGAAAGUACGGGAUCGUCCUCGGCUGGAUUCUCUGGUGCUCCCGGUUCUCCCCAGCCACCUCCAAACGCUGCAGGAGGGACAGCACCUGUCGCUCCUGGGGCGGGAGAGAAAUUGGCAAACUCUGCCCACGCUAGUGUGAAGGGAACGCCCCGCGCUCCAUCAGUCCUAGAGUCUGCGGCACCUGCGGCAGCAGCCAAAGGUCCUGCAGGAGCAAAUGUUUCUGGUGGCUUUGCCAGCGGGGUAGCUGCACCCUCCAGUGCAGAGCCAGCAGCCAACCGCUCAGCGAACGAGGCAGCCACAGCAUCUCACGCGGGCACCCGGAGUGAAACAGAUCCCUCGCCCCAGCACGCAGAGCCGAGUCCAGCUCCCACGGACGAGCUGCCAACAGGAGAACCUGGAGCAUUCGCUGUGGAUUCUCCUCAGCCAUCCUCGGCUCGGGACACAGCGCUGGCCCCCGCACCCACAGAAAACGGAGGGGAUACGGCUAGUCCGGUGUCUGCGGCGCAUGGAGAAGCCCCCAUUUCCAACCCCAAUCUCCAGAGUGCAACAAAUCCCUCGCCCUCCGUCCCGGAGCGGAGUCCCGGGGAGGCAGCAGAGGUGCCUGCCUUGGCCAGCGCCAACGCAUCCCCUCCUGCACCCUUAGGAGACGGGACCGUGCCAGGCAGACUCGCUCCAUCCCCACCUGCCUUUGCAUCUCUCAGCGGAGCCCCGGCUGAGCCUGAAACAACGGGCGAUGCAACAAACGGAUUGUUCGGUGCUCUCGGGGCUCCCCGUCCAGCCCCGGCGAGGGAGACGUCUGCAGCCAACGAGGGAACGUCCGCGUCCGUCUUUGUAGUGCCUGGGGACCCAGCCUCUCUCCCUGCCAUCUCGGACUCACCGGGAGGCCCCAGCGCCGUGGAUUCUGCUCCUCCGUCUUCAGCUGGCGAGAGAGUUCCCAUCCCACCUGUAGCUACAGAAGGAAGAGGGGACACGGCUGGUUCUGCGUCCGCAGCCCACAAGGAAACCACCACCUCUAACCCCGGUGCCCAGCAUGCAGAGGCGAGUCCAGCACACGGGGCAGAGCUGCCCCCAGGCGAAAGAGGCACCUGGGCCAAUGCUGAGACCUCCCCAUAUUCGUCCGUAGGGGAUGGGAGAUCCACAGGAAUACAUGUGCCGUCGGGGGAAACAACCCCAGCUGCCUUUGCCUCUCCCGGUGAAACCGCUGCUGGGCCCUCAGCUUCAGAGACUGCACGGCCAGGACCUUUGUUUUCUAGUGCCCCGGUGCCCUCCCCCUCCUCUCCCGAGAGGCCGACAGUACUUGGGCCCGCUGGGGUUACGAAAGAAGCAGCCAUCUCUGCUGGUGACUCAGGAGUCCCCGCGGCAUUCCCAGGACUGGAGGCAGUGACCGGGCGACCACUAACGACAGUACGCCUGGCCACCUCUUGUACUCCCGCUGCCACGGGAUCCCACGCCCCUUCCCUCCAUUCGGAGAAGGGGAAAACGCCCCCAGAACGGGGGGCUAAUCUGGGUUUGGCUGGUGCGUCCCAUGUGCCAGCUGACACCACUCCAGCACCCUCCAGAGGACGGGCAGCGACACCGUUCCCCCUCUUGGGAACAACAGCCCCUCAGUCCGAUACUAGAGCAGGGUUUGACCAGGAGAGAACAGCGUCGGUGUCAGUUGGGACCAGAGAGGCCACUACAAGUGGGACAGGACAGUCAGCAACAGUUGCAGCCGUGCCCCUGUAUCCAUAUGGAGCAAAGGAAAGCGAUAAGCAAUACGUGGAGAGAAGAGUGGAUUUUAACUCCCGUGUCUUCAAACCCGAGAUUGGGUUCCCGUUUGGGAAAACGCUGCGCGAUUCUCUCUACUUUACAGACAACGGACAAAUCGUUUUUCCAGCCUCAGACAGUGACAUGUUCCCAUCUCCAAACCCACCUCCCGGAGGAUUUACCGGCCGUGAGAAAGUACCAAUGGUUGCUGUGUUUUGGGCUAACGCGGAUUUCUCCAAAGGUGUUGGCACCACGUUUUACCAGGAGUUUGUUACUCGGGAUUCUGCCGAACACCCGUUUGUCCGAGACGUGGAGGCCAAGAUUCGGCGAUACCUGAAGACUUCGUACUCUGCAAAAUGGACGCUUAAGAUCACCUGGGAGAAGGCCCCAGCCUAUCCAGCAUGGCAACCUGUCACUCGGACAAACACGUACCAGGCUGUGCUCACCACGGAUGGACUCAAGUCCUACGUCCUCAUCCUUUACCAAGAUGGCGGCAUGCAAUGGGAUUACCCCAAGCUGGGUUUGACCAACGUGCUGAUGGGCUACUCCAGCGGGGAUGGAUUUUACCGAAAUGACGAUCUGACCCGAAGGCCCCCAGCCGCCAAAUAUCGCCCCGACCAGUUCAGAGGCUACAACACAGAUCUGCGUGGGCUGUGGAUAUACAGUCUAGCCAGUCAGGUGCGUGUGAACUACAGACUGAGGUGUCUGGCCUGGCUUCGCACGGAGCAAGAUCCAGCUGGUUGGAACAAGGAUCUGCCGUCCUGCCCUUGCUCGCUGCGAGACGGAGCGUUGGAUCGGCACUACCGACGGAGCAGAGGAGGUUUGGCGGACGCCCGUGUGACGAUGCUGUAUCCAGCCUCCCCGAACCAAUACGGCGCUGGGAUCCGCUGUCUCUACAACAGCCAGAGCGAGCUCGUCGACGGGCGGCAGGAGAGAUCCUGGAAGGACUCACGCCAAGCGUCCCCUGACCGCGAUGCAGAGUUAAAGUUGCAUGACUGGUGCUGCCGGCAGGCGGGGAGCCCCCAGCUCUGUGCUAAGUACAGUCAGAAGAGACCAAAGAUCGGCUGUGCUGGAGACAGGCUGCCAAACCAAACAACGUCCUCAGAAGAGGCAGCGAGCUCCUCCGAGGAAGGAAGAGAUUGAGAAUCCAUCUGCUCCAGGCCUUGGCGAUUCUCCACGGCCAGACUCGCUCCUCUGACGCUUUGCUAAAUGGGACCGGUAAAGAAUCUCUAAUGCGAUCUGAGAUCUCCUCCGCGGAUGGUAGGGCUGAAGUGUUCCUGAUUCGCAGAGCUGGUGGGACGCUUGGGGGGAAAAUCUGGCGGGUUUUUGUAAGAGGGCGUCCGUGUUACCCCAAGAGCAAUUCCUGUUUGCAAAUAAAGACUUGGAAG